UGGUUUAGUUCACUAGAUUAGUUUGAGGUCACAGGUCUUGCUUUUUGGCUCCUUUGCUUGGCAAGCUGACUUUAGAUACUAUUCAAUCAUCAUUAUUUGAGCGGAAUACUCAGUUACUCAGUAUAUAAAAUGUUAGCGCAGGUGGAGAAGGACUUGGACUUUCUCAUUGCCUAGCAAAAUGUCUUCCUAAAACCCCACCUGCUUGCAUAUUUUUAAACAAGAAAGGCUCUCAAACACAUAUUCAAAGUGUCUCCAGUUGAGGAUGUUUUCCUUGACCCUCCUGAUCUUCCUUUUCCUUCUCUAAGGAGUGACAGGAAGUCUAAAGAUGUUGCUGUGCAUGGACUGAGUUUAUAUCAAACUUAAAAUUAGCUGAAGAGUUUGGAAGCUGAAGAGGAGUGUAAGAUGUUUGCCCAUUGUGCUGGGAUUCUUCUACUUGUCUUGCACACUGCUGAUUCACAGGGGAACAAAGUAGAAACUGUUGUGGUCCCUCUAGGAGGCACAGUAAAUAUCAGCUGCAAAAUUUCAGCUGAAGCUUUAGCACGGACCAUGACCUGGUACAAGGAAGGACACAGUGAAAACCUGUGCAAGAUUGAUCAGGCUGCAGAGAACUUGAAAGGAGAAGAAAAGUGUUCCUCACACCUGUGUAAUCUAAUUAUCAACAAUGCACAAAGGAAUGACUCUGAAACUUUGAAGCCAAAUCAUUCUAUCCUUGUGCCAUCCUUCUUGCAGGAUGGACUUCUGAAGCAUGAUAUCCCUCUGCUCUGCUUCCUUUUCAAUGUUAACCCUAUUUCAAAUUUUGUCAUUUGGAAUAUUAAUGGAAUAACGUAUCAGGAUUGGAUGGAUGUUGACGUGAUAGAUGGGAAAGAAGCUUUUAACAUUUGGAGCUUGAAACUGAUUCCUCCAGAGGAGUGGCACCCAGGAAUGUCUUAUGCUUGUUCAUACCCAGGAAACAGAAGUGAUAUGCUGCAGUCUUCACAACAGGAAGUGUCCUCAAACAGGAAGCAUCACAGGUACAUCAUGGCAAAAUAGUCAAAUCAAUUGAUCUAUCCAAAAACUUAUAAUACAGUCAUCUCCAACCUGCUGUCCUCCAGUUAUG